GUAGUAGGUGAAUUUUGAUCUGGCCACGUCAGCACGUUCAGACGUGGCGAGAUCAACCGAGCAUAGGAGACAACUCAAACUUUCCUCUUUCAUAUCAGCUCCUUCCGUUUUCCAAAAUUUCAAUUCCAAUUCCUCUCGUUGCCACGCUGCAGAGCCUUUGUAGUUGUAAGGAAUUUCUGAGGGGUGGUCGGUGAUCGGUCAAAAAUGUUCAGCCGAGUGUUCAGGAAAGGUAAAGAGCAAAGUCAAACAAAUGCAGUCGCAACUCUGGACAAGCUAAACGAGACACUUGAAAUGCUUGAGAAAAAAGAGAGAGUUCUCAUAAAGAAAGCCUCCGCUGAGGUUGAAAAGGCUAAGGAAUAUACUAAAGCAAAGAACAAAAGGGCUGCUAUACAAUGUUUGAAGAGGAAGAGGCUGUAUGAACAGCAAAUUGAGCAGCUUGGAAAUUUCCAAUUGCGCAUUCAUGAUCAGAUGAUCCUGCUAGAAGGAGCGAAAGCCACAACUGAGACUGUUGAUGCAUUGAGAACUGGAGCAGCUGCAAUGAAGACCAUGCACAAAACAACAAACAUUGAUGACUUGGACAAGACGAUGGAUGAAAUCAAUGAGCAAACUGAAAACAUGAAACAGAUUCAGGAAGCACUGUCAACUCCUAUUGGUUCAGCAGCUGAUUUUGAUGAGGAUGAGUUGGAAGCGGAGCUUGAGGAACUGGAAGGGGCCGAAUUAGAGGAACAGCUUCUUCAGCCAACUACCACAGCUCCUGCAGCUCCAGUUAGUAUUCCAGCUGCUAGGCAGCCAGCACGUCCUGCUCCUCAGAAGAGCACAGCUGAGGAUGAUGAGCUCGCUGCAUUACAGGCAGAAUUGGCACUUUAAAGAGGUUCCUUUCAUGGAGUAAAGGUGACAACAUCAAGAUUAACCAUUACUAGAAGCCUUCUCUGAGGUUGUAAUUCCAUCAACAGGUUAAAACUUCUAAUCAUGGACUUGCUGGUAAGAAGAUAAUGUAUAUGCAGAAUAACAAGAUAGACAUCACUCUCAAAAAUUAUAGCUACAUCCCGUAGCUUUCAAUACCGAUUUGCUAUUGUUACUUUUUCUCUAUAAUGCUUGUAAUUGCCACCUAACAAAUAAUUAGUUCAGGCUUUAGAAUGGAACCAUUUCUCGACUGAAUUUUAAUAUUAUCAGCACUGUAAAUUUAUAGUUUAAUCUUAGCCAAGCUAAUCUUUAUUGAA